AGCUUUGGACCAGAGUUCAUCGUCAAAACCGGUCUGUCAAUAUUCUCAAGCUGUCAGUGCAGAAACUACUCUAUUUGCGGUGCAUAAAACAUGGAAAAGUUGUUGAUAGCAGUUUUAUGGACCAGUUGCGCUAUCGCUGUGACUUUUGGAGGAAAAAUCAAUACGGGCAAUGAUUAUUUACAUACACCCGGGAAAACUUCGCAAGUGGAAUUUCAGUUUCAACUGGGAAUUCUUCCUGAAUACGAGGUGCAGCGUUAUGUAUUCCCGUUGGUGUUGCCGGAUUCGGAAGCUGAUGUUGAGAGUGGUGAGGAAUUUGGUGAGACUGUUCUCCACAGAAUCCUCAGAGGACCAAGAUCCGAUUUUUCUGAGGACAAACGUCCAGCAUUGAUACAACACGGAAUUCUCUGUGACGUCUAUUCCUGCACCGCAAAUAAACCACAGAUUGCUGUUGCGUACUUGCUGGUUGAUCAGGGCUAUGAUGUCUGGCUGGGGAGCAGUAACUACAGCACUGGGGCGAAUUUUUUAUCAAACCAAACGAUGGAGAAUGAUAAAUUUGAAAAUGUGGCCCAGUUUAUUCUGAUAACUACUCAACAACCGGAAUUAUUGGUGAUGGGUUCCUCCAAUGGUACCGUCCAAUUCUUCGCGAUUCCUGCGCGUUAUCGUCACGAGCCCUCAAAAUUCUCGAAAUUACUGGAGAAUAUACCGGGAGUUAAGACUGCCAAGAGAUGGUACAGCAAAUUGUUUAGAAAAGGCUGGGGCUAUCUGUCACGUGGUUAUGAUCGAGUCCAGGAAAGUGUCGAGCGGAUUGGAAAAAAAUUGGAUUACAUGGUGGAUAAUCCAUUCGUGAGCAAACUCCAAAAUACUGUGAUGAGUGCGUGGGGCAUUGUUUCCACUGUGAAACCCACGCUGAGGGUCCACGAUUUUUCCAAAAUGCUCAAUCAUCCUGAUGUGUAUCUCGAUACGCCACAAUUGAUAUCUAAAUACGGAUACUCUGUGGAGACUCAUUGGGUAAAAACAGAGGACGGAUAUUUGCUGGCACUGCAUCGAAUACCUGGAGGAAAAAAAUAUCCAGCGAAACCUGGAAAACCAGUGGUUUUACUGCAACAUGGAAUAUUGGCGAGUUCUGCUAUUUGGGUUCUCGCUGGACCAUCGAAAGGACUCGCGUACAUUCUCGCUGACAAGGGAUACGACGUCUGGAUGGGAAAUUCUCGUGGCUCUACGUAUUCACGUGGGCAUGAAGAACUUUUAACAACAAAUCAUGAAUACUGGGAGUUUUCUUUCCAUGAGAUGGGAAUCUAUGAUCUGCCUGCUACCAUAGACUACAUUUUAGAUGAGACAAAGCAGGAGAAGAUUUAUUGCUUGGGACAUUCACAGGGGACAACAUCAUUUUUUGUAAUGAUGUCGGAAAAACCAGAGUACAACAAUAAAAUAUAUAAACUCGCAGCGUACGCUCCCAUUGUUUACAUGACGAAUAUUCGGAGUCCUUUUCUCAAAUUUGCUGCUGGCCUCACAUCCCCUAUUUACCGUACUCUGCAAUUUUUCCACGUUUACGAUUUAGCACCGACCAACGCAUUACUGACAAACAUUGGGAGAGAUACCUGUGAAGCGCGAUCUUUGUACCAAGUUGUGUGUAGUAAUAGUUUAUUCAUGAUAACCGGAUACGACACUGCACAAAUAAAUCAAACGCUGGUCCCAAUUAUCCUAGGGCAUUUGCCAGCCGGAAGUUCAGUGAAGCAGUUCAUGCAUUUUGCUCAAGAAAUUAAAGCUAAAAAAUUCCGCCAAUUCGAUUAUAAUGACGCAAGAGUAAAUCAGGAGAAAUACGGACAGUCGGAGCCCCCGGAGUAUAAUAUAAACAACACCAGAAUUCCCGUAGCAAUUUUCUAUGCGAAUAACGAUUUGCUCUCCGAUAAAAGAGACGUUGAAAAAUUGGCAGAGGAUUUACCAAACACUGAGAUGGUGUACAAAGUGCCGAUGGAGGCAUUCAAUCACAUUGAUUUCAUGUUCGCGAUUGAUGCACCUGCUCUUCUCUAUCAACCGACAAUUGAAUUUUUCAAUGCUACAUUCACACCACCAAUUAUUUAAUUGAAAAUCCUUCAGACGUCAAAAUGAGAGAGUCAUUAGCCCUUCCAGAUCUGUAAUCAAAUUAUUCUGUAUUUAUUUUAAUAAUUAAUCAAUGAGGAAGUGAAAUAUCAA